AUGGUCUUCGUGGGCCAACUUGUUCACAGCGUCGGCUUCUACGUGUUGAUUGCCGCCCAGGACUUCGCAUCCAUCAUGUUGGUGCUGGUCUCCUUGCUGAUGGUCUUUGUGGGUGACUUCCAGCUGGGGAUGGGCAGUAUUUGCGGGGCCACGCCUCUGCUCUCAGAUGAUCAGACGUGCACUGAGACCAUCGCCAACGUGUCCAGCUUUGUGGGCAGGGACCUGCUGAACGGCAAGGUCUCUUGCAGCAACGCGGGCGUGCUGAUGUGCGAGGGCGUGGUUGCAAGCGAGAACCUGGUGCGCUUUACUAUGAUUGCUGCUGCAGUGGGCGCAGCAGCCUCUUGUUGCAUUCCCCGACGGCUCAUCGCACUGUCCCUGAGUGCAGAGCAGAGCAUCAAGACCGCCCAAGCGUUGGUGGCCGGCAAGACUCAGGAGAGCGCCUGA